AUAAAACCUCAUAUUCUUCCACUUUUUUUACAACUCAUACCAUUCUCAUUCUCAUUCUCCAUAUAUUUUUAAAAAAGCUAGUCUCACUUUAUAAAAAAUGGGUUCCCCGUCGGAAGAGUCUUUCACCGAAAUUUACCGAAGAUAUUUUUCGCCCGACGAAGACGCGGCCGAGGAAGAAGCGGUUACGAGUGCAUGUACUUUUGUGCUACAAACAUUUGAGCACAUUCGGCCACCUCCCCCUCCACGACCCAUCUUGCGACGCACCUAUAUCUUGCGAGAUCGUGAAGCCGCGAACGAGCGUUUGAUGAAAGACUAUUUUGACGCGGCACCGGUUCACGGACCGAAUGUUUUUAGACGACGUUUUCGGAUGAGCCAAAGGUUAUUUUUGCGCAUUAACAAUGACUUGGAAAAUACGUACGAUUUCUUUAAGCAAAGAAUGGACGCACGAGGAUAUCUAGGCUUCACCUCAAUUCAAAAGGUCACAUCCGCCUUACGCGUAUUAUCAUACGGAAACACGUACGACAUCAACGACGAGUAUUUGAAGAUGGCGGAGAAAACAACCCGAGAUACCUUGGAACAUUUUUGCUAUGGAAUAUGCCAGUUAUAUGGAAAACGUUAUUUGAGAAACCCCACUUGGAACGACCUUCAAAAAAUAUAUGAGGUGCAUCUAGAAAAGCAUGGAAUACCCGGCAUGAUUGGUAGCUUGGAUUGUCGUCAAUGGCGUUGGUAUAAUUGUCCAACCGCAUGGCGAGGUCAACAUACACGGGGUGAUCAAAAAGGGCCAACUUUGGUAUUAGAAGGUGUUGCGUCAUACGACCUUUGGGUUUGGUCGGCCUUCUUUGGUGUAGCCGGGUGUUUUAACGAUAUUAAUACGUUAGAGGCUUCACCAUUAAUCGAGGGCUACAUUUCUGGAACUAUACCAAAGGCCGGUUUCCAUGCAAACGGGAACGAUUACGAGCAUGGCUACUACUUGGGCGAUGGUAUCUACCCCGAGUAUUCGAUUAUUGUUAAAACGUUUUCAGAAACUUUCGAUGAAAAAAGAAAGUAUUUUAAAAAAUUACAAGAGUCUUCGAGAAAGGACAUCGAGAGGUGUUUUGGGGUUCUACAGCAACGAUGGCAUUUUAUCAGAAAUCCUUGUCGCAUGUGGCAUAAGGAUAAAAUACGAAUGGCCAUGUAUGCUUGCAUCAUUUUGCAUAAUAUGAUCAUUGAGGAUGAUGGAAAAGCGAUAUGCCAAAACUAUAUUCCCGAAGAUUUGGUCGAACUACCCCAAGCGACAACGGAAGAGAGACUCGCAAAUGCUCAACUACUACGAUCUAGAGAAAUACAUAACACGUUGAAGGCGGAUUUGGUUGAGCAUGCUUGGGCGAUUCGCCCAAUUCGAUUAAACAAUGAUCACGACGAAGAUUCCGAGGAAGAAGUGGGGGAGGAAUUCGAAGACGGGAACUUUGAAGACGUAGGUUUAGAUGCUGGAGAAAACGAAGAGGAAGAAGGAGAGAACGAAGAUGACACCGAAGAAUAAAUUUAUUUUUUAGGUGUAAU